UGAUACUCUCCACUCCACCCUUUCCUCCCACCUUCCCAAAUGUCCAAAAUUCACUUUUUUUACUCUCUCUCUCUCUCUCUCUCUCUCUCUCACACACACACACACACACACACACACACACACACAUUACCAACUAAUUCUUCAUUGUAUUAUAAAUCCCUCUCCAAACCUCACUCUCCCAUAUCAAAACCCCAUCUCUCUCUCUCUCUCUCUCUCUCUCUCUCUAAAAUGGCUUUAUUAUCAGCAUCAUCAAUUCCCAUCUCUCCCAAGAAGCUAAGGCAAGAUGUGUAUUCAUACACAUACCAACAAGACUCAAACACACCACUAGUGAUCUCUGUUCUGGCUUCACUGAUUGAGAGAACCAUGGCUAGGAAUAAGAGAAUUGCAAGAAAUUGCAAGUGGGUUUUGUCUAGAAACACUUGUAGAACUGCUAUUUUUGAUUGCAAUGAGACACCAGACUUGACAAUUCAAUCCUAUUUGGAGAGAAUUUUUAGGUACACAAGAGCAGGACCGUCGGUGUAUGUGGUGGCGUAUGUGUAUAUAGAUCGGUUCUGUGAAGCUCAUCCUGAGUUUAGAAUCAAUGCCUGUAAUGUUCAUAGGCUUCUUAUUACUACUAUUAUGGUUGCUUCUAAGUAUGUUGAGGACAUGAAUUACAGAAAUUCUUACUUUGCAAGAGUUGGGGGAUUAACAACAAACGAAAUGAACCAAUUGGAGCUAGACUUCUUAUUCUUGAUUGGAUUUAAGCUUCAUGUGAAUGUAAGUGUGUUUGAAAGCUAUUGUUGCCAUUUGGAGAGGGAAGUGAGUGUUGGAGGAGGGUACCAAGUAGAGAGGACAUUAAGAUGUGCUGAGGAAAUCAAAUCAAGACCAAAUCAAGAAAUAGGAUAUGACCAAAUUGCCCAUGUUUUAUUGUAGCAAAUAUCAUAUUUUUGAUGAUUACACCAAAGUUGGGAUAAUCAAAUACUUUGUACAAGUUGUGUAUAAAUGUGUUUUUUUUGGCUUCUCUUGUUUGGAGCUUUCAUUGAAGCCCCACAAAAUGAUGUAUAAAUAUGUUAAUUAAUGAGUUUUUGUUUCGUUUUUGGGCUAAUGCAUGUUACAAAUUUAUUUUUACUUGAAUUGGAUGGAAUAACAAAAAAAAUCCCACUAUAAAUUGUAAUCACAUUUGCAA